AUGGAACUUCACACAGCACGCAGGGAUGACCCUUCCCCUUAUUGUCACUCACAAUCCCUGGCUUGUUUACUAGACCCCUUCUUUGCUUCACAUGAGUGGCCAGAGGUUAUGUUCUGCAGGAUGCUGAAAGACGAGUCAGCAAAGAUCACCUACAUGGAAAGUACAUGGUUUGCACCAGGCUUUGCCUGGAACACGGAGUUCCUGGAAACAGCAUACAUCUUCCUCCCCGAUGUUGAAAGAUUCCAGGAACCUCAUCUCUCACCUACCGAGAACGCAGCGACCUUCUGCACUUCAUACCUUGCAAGAAUAAACGACCUACUGCACCGCCCUCAUGUCAUGGUUCACGACAGAGGCUUCUAUGAUUCUACAUCAAAUGAUGCCUCCUACCUAUCCCACGACUCAGUCUGA